AUGCUGUUACCAGUGGCCAUCGUCAUUGUGGUCAGCGGCAUGAGAAGGUCUUUGAUGGAGAUUCACCACGGCCUGCUUGCUCUGAUUGCUGGUCGACUCUUAUCAACAUUGAUCACGGACUUGCUGAAAAGCCGUGUCGGUCGCUUGAGGCCUGAUUUCCUGUCCCGCUGCAAAUGGGAUGCCGCUCUGUCAGCGUGUACUGGAAAAGCCGACGACGUCCUCGACGGUCGCAAAUCUUUUCCCAGUGGCCAUUCGUCGACCGCGUUCGCUGGAAUGACAUUCUUGUUCCUCUGGAUAGCUGGGAAUACGUCGGCCUGGUCCUUCACCUCAAGGCCGCCGUCAUCCUUGCUGCUAAGGAGCCGACUGUUGGGACUUUUGAUAUCUCUGCUACCCAUUGGUUAUGCCACGUGGGUCGCGAUAUCUCGAAUGGAGGAUUAUCGACACCACAAAGAGGAUGUUAUUGUCGGCAGCCUCGUCGGCAUCUUAUCGUCAACUAUAUGCUAUCUUGUAUACUGGCCAAACCCGUUCUCAUGGCGAAGCUUCAAGGACAGCCUUUUGGGCAAGCCUCGAAUAUUGUACAGUGGUCGAGAUGAUAGGCGUCGUCCCGGCGACUUUGCACUAACUAGCCUAGACGAUGAUGAUCAGGUGUAG